CCGCGCCGGAAGCGUGUCAGAGCGGCAGCGCGGCGGGCCCGGUGCGGUGCCGGGGCUCGCUGCCGCGAUGAACAGCGUCGGGGAGGCGUGCACCGAGCUGAAGCGCGAGUACGACCAGUGCUUCAACCGCUGGUUCGCCGACAAGUUCCUCAAGGGCGACAGCGCCGGCGACCCCUGCGGCCAGCUCUUCAAGCGCUACCAGCUCUGCGUGCAGAAAGCUAUCAAGGAAAAGGACAUACCUAUCGAAGGCCUGGAGUUCAUGGGCGCAAGCAAAGGAAAAACUGAAAACUCCUCUUGACCUCAGCUGCAUGGAUGGAGUCACCAACAGGAACCUUUGCCCUAAGGAACAUCACCAGGCAGCCGGCUCUAUGCCACCUGGAUAUGACCUUUGUUAAAGCUGCUUUCUAGAAGCCAAGCACCUUCUCUGCUUGUUAAAAAACCAAACUGAAACAAGACUGAAUGAUGUGGUAACUGCCUCCUUUUCGGUGACUUUUGGUGGUGGUUCAGCAUCUAACAGUGUGCAAAACCCUUUGAACUAACUUCCCAGUGAAUGUACUCUCUAGUGAGAGAAUGCUUCUUAGAGUGGGCUGAGGUAGUAGUUGCUUUGUGACUGAUUUCUCUUGCUUAUUUAUAUAACACUUGAAAGUGUUGAAAAAGUAAUAUGAAACAGGUGGAUUUCCUUUGUGUCCUCCCUGUGCUGCUGAAUUUUGGUGGAAGAAGUUUGGUUUAUAUGAUCCUAAAUGCUGAGGAGCUAAACCAUGGUUUUGUAUCAGCAACAGAGGUGGUAUGAAAGCACUCUGUUGGACCUGCAGUAACAUAGCUCCAAUAAAUAUAACCAGGUUGUGUUUCAUUC